AUGCCUAAAGAGAUGCACCAGCAAAUAGACGAAGACCGUUUUAUCUUCCACGCUUCUCAUGUCAAAGAUUCGUCAAAUAUGCUUGAAAAUUUAAUUAUCUUGAAUUCUGAAGGGUUUAAUCGGCACAAAAGCGCUCAACCUUUUUUAUAUGUAUUUGGAAAACUGGGAAAUCGUUUGUCGUUCACCAUUUUCACCAAUGAAACACAAGUACCAGAAAGAAAGGAAGAAGGCAUCAACGAAGAACAUCACCAUGAUGACACAUCAGUAACACAUCUAUUUUCUAUAUCUUCCAAAAAAAAAGCUUUAAAUCUUGGUUUUUGUUUCAAGGCAGAAUUUUUUACGGUUUGCUACAAGCAUCAAUGUUCAGAAGAUUUUAUCAAGGACGGUUCACAAGUUCAGGGAAAGACAGCGAGGGUAGAAAAUAAUGCCAACUGUAUUAGUCAGAACCGUCGACGAAAACAAUCGAAGCUGUCUCGCGUUUUAUCUGUUGGAAAAUUAUGUCAAAGCAGUUUGUUAGAGCAUGACGCGUACCACGAUGAAAGAAGUCAGCAAUUUGAGUCCACUUCCAAAUUUCUAAGCAUUCCAACUCGAAUUUUAAAUCCAAGAAAACUUUCUAUUUAUCCUCCCAUCAAACCAAUGUUGUUACGCUUACGGCAGCAAGCAACUCGAUUGACGAAAAGAAAAAUGAAAGAAAGGAAAGCUAAAACUAUGAGAUUGAGGAGGGUCAAUGAUGGAACAGUGGUACGCAGAGAAUCUAGCAUAGCAAGGAAAUAUUCGAUAAGUUUACAAACAUCUUUCGUUUUGCUUUUAAGAAAAAGCAGCAGUCAGAAGACUGACACUGGCGGUUUAGGGUGA